CAGCGUAGUUUUACUUCGAAGAAAAAAGGUAAAUAUCUAGGUCACGUGCUGGGUUUCAGACUUAGUGAUCAUUUUUCUGGGUUCUAUUCAUCAUACCGUAUGUGCCAUAUUAGGGAUUAUACAGGUAUUAACAAACACGCUGUAUAACCAAAAAUUAACAAGUUUGAAAAACUCACUCGAGUAAACGCAUGAGUCGAGUGGCAUCACUACGAUUAACUAUCAAUUUUUUUUCUGUUAUGUUUUUUCAAAAAAUGAUUUAUCAAUAGUAAACUUAUUGUGAGCCUACAAAUUGCUGUUUUUGUGGUUCUUUGCUCCACUAUGCUGAUAAUUCAAUAGUUAAUGCAAAUGAAAGUUUUAGAAAUAUAACCUGAAAAAAUGGCUGAAUCAGAAAUGUAUUUCUCGGACACGGCUCUCGACCCUGAUACAACAUGCAGUAUAUGUUAUGCAGAAUUUUUAGAUGCCGAAGACCUAUCAGUACAUAUAAACCAAGUGCAUCCGGGAGAACUGACAAAGUUUUCAGUGAAAUGUAAUUUUUGCUCUUUCUUCUGCAGAGAUUUAGAAGAUUACGCUUUUCAUCUAAGAGAUAAUCAUAUAAGUGAUUUGAAAUGUUGUAAAUAUUGCAAUAGAGUGUUUGAUGAUUUCGUCACGUUCAGGAGACAUGAGCAAAAACAUAACAUGGGUAUGAAAAAGAAUAUUUACUCUUGUUCCAAUUGUGAAUCUGUUUUCACAACUAUAUCCGAGCUGGAAGAACAUGAGCUUGCUUAUCACCGUUAUAGUGACCAAGGAACUUUUCUUCAGCAUAUUUUUCCAUUGUUAUCAUCCAUAUUAAACAUCAGAGUGACAAAAUUUUUACAAUGCUUAGGCGACUGCGACAUCACAUAUAUUUGUGGAGUCUGCGAUCAUACUACACCAGAAGUUAACGAUUAUAUAGAACAUUUAAAAGAGAAGAAAUGUCGUUCAAUAGUUUGUGAUACAUGUUCUUCUGUUUAUAAAACAAAAAAGGGUUUGAUUAGACAUCUUGGUAGUUGUCCAGAAUGCUACCACAGCUCAUCGAUGCUAAAACAGUGUCUGGAAUGUUUUAAAGAAUAUGAAGUGAAAACGUUAAAAGAACAUGUUAAGAUUUGUAAACCUAUUAAAUGUAAAAAAUGUAACAUUGUCUUCGAUAACAUAUUCAGCUUAAGUAAACAUCAGACAGAAAUGCAUCCAGCUAUAGUGCAACUUCAAUCAUGUAAAUACUGCCAUAAAGAUUUUGCCGGAGUGGUAGCGAUGAAUAAACACAUAGAAAGAGCACAUCAGGGCCAAUUGCACCUAUAUAAAUAUCAUUGUGUUCAUUGUGAUGUUGUAUUCAAACAUCCAAAGUUUCUGUUUGGCCAUUUCUUUUCCACUCACAAAGAUUUAGAACCUUACACAUGUAAAAUAUGUGACAAAAAGUUUAGGAUUCGCAAAAAAUUUACUCUCCACAUCAAAUUAGACCAUAAAAGUAUAGGUUAUGUUGAAUUUGAUGAGAAUUAUCAUGUUUACUUUAGUGAAACGAGAUCAGUACAACCAUCAAAUAAAAUUCUGACAUCUGAAGAAGGUACUUUGCAGGAAACUCAGGGUGAAAAGCCGAAUCAUGCAGAAUCGGAAUCGCAAAAAAAGGAUUCACCUAAGAAUAGAGUUCAUUUUAACAUUGAAGACAAACAAGAUAAUACCAAUUUUGAUAAUACAGUCAAUUCUGAUUUUUUUAGUGCAACAGAGACUGAAGGUAACCAGACAGAAGCUGAUGUAGAAAAGACCCCAAGAAAAAGAAAAAUUAAAAAUAGAAUCAACCAGAAAAACAAGAGACCAAAAACAAUUGAGGAAGUUGUCAUAUCUGAUUCUUCAGAUGAUGACCAACCUCUAGUCGCUAUCAAACAGAAAGUCACAAAGCUCCGGAAGUCCCUUGCAGGAGCUAAAAGAACAAAGAACUCUGUAAUAUCAAAAAUCAUUAAAACUAGAAAUAAUAAAAAUAAAUUUGUAUGUGAUAUUUGCAACAAACACUGUUACACAUAUCAAAACUACAAUAAUCAUAAAGCCUUACAUAAAAAAAAUGUUGCUAUGAAGUGUGUCAAAUGUUCGAAUGUUUUUAGAUCAAAAAAGGCCCUUAAUGAACAUUACGCUUCUGAACAUUCAACCUCAAAGUUGACAGAAACAUUAAGAAAUCUCCUGAACAAACGUAAAAGUAUCAGUAAACCUAUGGAAUUGACUAAAAAUCAGAAAUUUAAGUUGACCAUCAAAAAAGUUGCUAUACCGAGAUCUGAGCCUGCUAUCAUAACUAAAGCUGGUGAGAAACCUUUGUCUGUUCAAAAGUUUAUAGAGAACUUCACACCAGAAGCUGAGGCUCCAAAAAAAGAUAAUAUUAGUAUACAAACAAAUAUAACAAUAAAAAAAAUUCAAGGUCCUCCAAAGAAACCAUUGAUUACAAUGACUAAAUGUAACUUAGAGCAACCGAAGACUUUUAAUGGACAACUAGCUUGGCCAGUACCCUUUAAGGGUACGAACGAAGUCCAUCAAGUUACCAUUAAACCUGUUAUGACUUCAGCCAACAAAUCUUUGGGAGAUAGGGUAAGCUUAUUGGAUAAUCAAGAGAGUUAUCCAGAUGAAGAUAUAGGAGACAUAGGGGAUGUAGAACAAGAUAACAAUGAAAUGAUUCCAGAAGUUGCCCAGGAGGUUAUGUUGGAAGGUACUGAAGAGCCACCACCAAAGAUUUUUAUACCACACAAGGUAGUGAUCCCUAAACUCCCAACUGAAUGUAAGAAAAUACACAUAGCACAUUUGCUACCUGAAGCACCGUUCUUUAAGAUAGUUAAAGUUGAAGAUGCUUUAAAUCCCAAGAAGAAAAACGUUCCUGCACACAAGAAAGAUAUAAAAUUACCAGAUGGUACCACAUUAGUUAGUGUGAAUCCAUUAGCUCAUCUGUUAGGGGAUACACCAGUCGAGAAGAUUAUGGAAACUUCUAAAAAUAAACACUAUCAACCGAAAGCUAAAGACUUUGAAACUGCAGUAGCGAAGGCCAUGUUGAAGUUGACGAAUUUGGAUGAACCGUCUCCGAAAAAAAGAAAGAAACUUAAAGGAGUAUAAAAUUGUGUUUCCUUGAUGUAUUUUCGAGUUUAAAGACUAUUUAUGUUAUGUUGUUAAGAUAAAUAAUAUAUCUCAUAAAAAGGAGUUACAAAUGUUGAUUUAGGUACAUUAAAAAAGUUUGUAGUCACACUCCAAAUUGAUAUUCUGUAUUGUGUUAUCAUUAGAAAAGAUUAUUAAAACUACAAUUUCCGCAGCUAGUUAGUUUCAACUCUAUUUAUAAAGUAUUAAGGUUUAAAUUCAUAUGAUAUUUGUAUCAGGGAUCGCAAAAAUCCGAUAUUUAUAAUAAAUAUCAAAAU